AUGAGCGACUCGUCGUCCCUAAGUGAAGCUUUAAUUGUCUUAGGAAUCUGUAUAGUGUUAUUAUUCUGCUUCUGUGUGAUGUGUGCGUACAAAUGUUACGGAUUCGAAGAUAAUAUGGCCAUCGAUUUAGUAGAUUUGCGCGAUUUUCAGCUACGUGAAGACCUGGUGGACACGGUAUUGGACGAAGGACGUAGUGAGUGGCAGUGUUUGGUGUGUGCACACAUGAAUCAUCCUAACCAUGAACUGUGUCAUUUGUGUGGUACAUCGGCCGAAUUUUCUACGAUGGAGGAGAUGGUGGAGGACCCAUGCGCCCAUACGAGGACUCGACGUGUGACUAGAACCACAUUUCUAGACAUUGAAAAUAGCACGUUACUGAGUUCGACACUGCUGGAAAAUCUAGGGACCUGUUCAGAUUUCAAUUUAGGUGUGAUAAGGGAUGACAGAACCAAGACAACGUCUGCUACACUGCAAAAAGCUAAGACGUUGCCUAUGCUAAGCAGUAGGUCGUCGUCUAGUGGCAUUACCCAAGAACUGGAAGUUACUAUGAGUAUGAGACAAAGAGCAUUGCGGUAUAGAAGACUGAACGAGAUGCAAUUAAAUCAGAAACAGAGAGGAGCUAGUAGAAGGAGAUUGUGGCAACGGGUACCAUUGCCUGGUGGAGGCUUCGUGUGGGUCCGGACGAUGGAAUCUGCGGCAUCAGGGUCGGUCUUUGCUAGAGCAGACUCAUUUGUGCACAAGCUACGGAACAGUUCGUUCAUGUCCAAAAACCCACAAGCGAAGAAUUUACACGGGGAUUUGGCUGAGCAGCUGCAUCGAAAAAAUGCAGCGUCAAUGGGCUUUUUCUCGGAGCUUAAUCCUUCAGGUACUGCAGUAGCGUACAAGAAGACGGACGCGAUCGCCUUGGAUGUGGAUAUGAAAAGUGGUGCUGGAGACCCAUUGGUAGACUUUGAAGGUGUACUGGCGAUGACGUGGAGAGAGAAAAAGCGAUGGUUUCUCAAGCAAAUUACAAAUCUGUCCGUGCCAUACACUAAAUCCAUGUUUAAAAUCGACGUACGGCGUUGCGCCGUUCUGGACGAUUCAUUACCUCAGUUGGCCGGCAGUGGUGUCGAAAUUUCGAGGAUGCAGGAGCAUUUAAAUAUUGGCUUUAUCGGCGAGCCAGCUCUGGAUGCUGGAGGUGUACUGCGAGAGUGGUUUGGACUUGUAUGUAAAGAACUUUUUAGCGCUGAACGAGGCCUUUUUGUGACGACCCAUGCAGAAGACUCUAGUUACUGGAUAAACCCAGAGUCGGCUAAGCGUGUUUCUGAAGGACAGAACCACCUGCAAUAUUUUACGUUUGCUGGUAGACUUUUGGGCAAGUCCAUGUUGGAUGGUCUUGUUCUUGAAGUGAGCAUGUCUCUGCCGUUACUGAAACAUCUUUUGGGUGUCCCCAUCACUUUUUCGGACUUGGAGUUUUUGGACGAAGAACUGCACAAGCACUUAUGUUGGGUGCGAGACAAUGACCAUGUGGAUACUCUGUGUGUAACGUUCUGCAUUCAGACGCCGUCGGGCGACACGGUUGAGCUGAAACCUGGUGGAGCCAAUAUUGAUGUGACCGACGAAAACAAGAUUGAGUAUUUAUCGCUGGUGCUGCGCUACCGCAUGUUGGACAGCGUGGCCGAACAACUUACAGCGCUGCUCAAGGGGUUAUAUGAGGUUAUUCCAAAGUCAUUGAUCACUAUUUUCGAUUAUCAAGAGCUGGAUUUCUACCUCAGCGGACUUCCCACUUUAAAUGUGACCGAUUGGCAAAAUAAUUCGCGCGUUCGGCAUGCAGCUCAAGAUAAUGAUUCAGAUGGUAUUGAACAAGAGCUUGAGGUAAUGGAGUGGUUUUGGGAUGUGGUUGGAUCCUUCACCGAUGACCAGCGUGCUCGACUUUUGCAAUUCGCAACUGGCUGUUCACGUGUACCUGUAGAAGGGUUUAGAGCGCUCACAAGCGCCAGUGGCAUUGUGCAUCCAUUCACGCUGCAGAUGGUGCCUUUAGGCACACCACCGCUUGGAAUGUGCCCGCGUGCACACACUUGUUUCAACCGCAUCGAUUUGCCGGUGUAUGAGACCAAAGAGGAUCUCAAAUCAUAUCUAUCGCUGGCAAGUAUCUCUUUGGUGUCAAACAUAGUCGUAAUUCAAAUGGAGAUCACUGGCUUUGGCUUCGAGUAA